AUGGACCGAGAUAAUCAACUCGUCGACCAGGAGGACGCAGAUGACCCCGGUCCAAUGCGUCCUUUACACCCCCGCCCAGGGGAGUUCUUUCCUAUGGACAUGUUCUUGGGCGAAGGACCCAUUUACAAUAUAGAACUAUUUAUACCAGGAGACCGAAAGAAGAUGGUGAUAGACGCCAUGAAGGGCAACCCGCGGUUGCCCCAUCUACACCGGACCGAUGCUUGUUGGUUAGAGCUGUUUUCCCGCCUUGGCCGAGCCAGCUCGGAUUACUGGUGGAGGUGGCUCAUUCGCUGGAGAUACGCUGCCCGGGGAAAGCUGAGGAGUGGUAAGCCGAUGACCAGCUUGGACAAAAAGCUGCUUCAGUAUUGGGAGGGCUAUGAUGGUGUGGAAAGAACGCCUGGAAUUAUUCCGCCUGCACCGAAAUAGCAGACUGUGGGUGCCUUAU